CUUGGGCCGGCCCAGCUUGGGUAUUUCACAGGUGCUUGACCCGAAGUUGUUUAAAUGGUUCAUUUGGGCCGUCCUCUGGAUAUCGGCCCAUCAUAAGCCCCCCAACUCCUUAGUCCUCAGCUAGGCCAAGCGGAGGAGUGGGGAGUUUGCAAAGUCCACGUGGACGCUCCAGCGGGGAUCCGGGCCGUUCCUUGGGUUCCGCACGACACUUGGGCACGAUCUCCACAAAUAAGUAAUCAUGGCCUGCCGAUUCGCCUUCCUGUUUUCAGUUAAAAACCGCCGCUGGACGCCAUCUCUUCCUUUCGCCUUCUUCACCACCGUUCGUCUGCAACUCCGCUGCUCACCCGACUCAUUCUUCUUCCUGUCCAGGUCAGUUCCUUCUCUCGCCGCCAUGAUUAUCUCAGAUUCCGAUUCGGCUACCCCAUCGUCCAAUUCUCGCCAAGCCGGUCAAUCGGCCUCUGACCGUAACCCCGGCCACACUCCAUCACCCCAGCCGUCGCCGUCGGACGUGCCUGGCCACAAACGGCGUCGAUUGAGGAAGCAAUACCCUUCCUCAACUCCAGUAGAUGAGGGCUCAAGGGUUAAAUUGGACGAAAACAUCAUGGCGUUGUGCCAUUGUCAAAUUACUGAUCGGGGGUUCGCCGAUGCCACUGACAUGGUUGGACCCUCCAUCGAGGUCAUGAGACCUACCCGUACUCAAACUGCUCUAGACGCACCGUCGGGGUUCUUCACGGUCCAUCUGGCGUCUUUGAAGAAGGGGCUGCGCUUCCCACUCCACUCGUUGUUGAUGGAAUUCCUCAACGUGGUGGACCUUCUCCCGUACCAACUGGUCCCCAACUCUCACCGGUACAUCGCCGGUUACCUGGUCCGGUGCAAAGAUGUAGGGGUGAAGCCGACCUUGGACCAUUUCAUAUUCACCUUCAAACUGACCAAGGGCCAUAAAGAUUGGGCGUCCUAUGCCAGUCUUUCCCAGAGGUCCAGUAAACUCUUUGCUAGUGAUAAGAAGGGGUCAACCAAAGACUGGAAGCCUUUCUUUGUCUUCGUUGCGACGGGGCCCGAAUCUCCUUUCACGGGUUCAGGGCGCCCUUCCUUCCGUCACAUCCCACGCCCCCCACCUGAUGCCACCCUUUUGUCUAUCACUCGCCAAUUCUGCAAUAAGGGAGUUAUGAACAUCAAAGAGGUUGUGACAGAGGAAACCCUUGCCGGGUUGGGGUUCGAGUUUGUCCAGGAUGAGCUCCGCCACCAACCCGACCUACUGAGGGACAUUCUUGAGGAAGGACAUGUCCUUGGUAAAACAUACUCGAACAAAGAUCUUGUUCGAAAAAUCCUUCGGAGCCUAACACCGGAAUGGCGUUCAAAAGCCGAUGCCAUAUAUGAGUCGAUUGGUAACACCAAUGUCACCAUCGAUGGUCUUCGAGCCUCAUCCUCAAAAAGGGUAGAGGUAAGUGACUCCGAUAGCGAUGACCAUAUUCCUUCUUAUAACUUGCUCGAGAAGUUCCAAGAGUUUUUGAAGGAAGAACUUGGGUCCCGAGAUUGUAAAAGAAAGGGGGAACCCGUUCUAACGUGCUUUGGUUGUGGAGAACUUAGCCACAUAAAGCCAUAUUGCCCAAACCGCAAGGAAAAGAAAAAGAAUGAACGAGCAUACAUGGCAUGGGAUUCAGAAUGUUCUGGUGACGAAACUGCCACCUUAUGUCUUAUGGCUCAUGAACGAAAUGGAGAGGUUUUGAUAAUGCUAAACCGCCAUGAUCAAGUCGAACAUUUAAUAUACAAGGCGAAGAACGAAGAUAAGAGAAAGAGCUAAACGAAGACCAAGAACGAAGACCUUAAUCAUAGUAUUGAGUCGGUCUUUAUUGUGAUCAAGACCGACCCAAUCUUUACACCUUGGCUCUUUAGGCUAAAAUCUCUCAUUGCAUUUCUUACAUCAUAAAAAUGUUUUUCAAACUUGUUUAAGUCAUUAAAAACACUUGGUGUUCGCCCAAACCAAAAACCAAGCCAUCCAGUGUUCGGCUUUAAGAAACCAGCGUUCGGCUU